AUGGCCGAUCGUAGAAAAGAAGAAUUACAAAAGAAACGCCUAAAACUUGAAGAACUUCGAAGGGCAAGAGAAGAUCGCAAUCGUACUCCAACUCCCACAUCGGAACCGGAAAAGAAGUCGAAUAAAAAAGAUGAUUUGAAUAAAUUGUUAAAUGAACUUUUGGAACCAAAAGUUUCUGCUUCUUCGUCAACUAGUGGUAAAUUAACUGAAAUAACAACAACUUCUUUACCAAAAGAAGGUGGUGGUGAUGAUGAAAAAAUUACAAUCCUUUCUUCAUCAAAUUUUAUUGAAUUUAUUUCCAAUACAACUGGAAUAGUUGAAACUGCAAUCAAUGAAACUUAUGAUUUUAUGAAAGAUUACACUGUCACUGAAGAUUUGACAAGUUAUGAAAAUACUGGAUCUCGUGUAAACCUUUUAUUUUCAUUUUAUGAUGAAAAAUGGAACAAAAAUCGGUCAGUUACUGAUGUUAAAUGGUCUAAAAAGAAUCCAGAAUAUUGUGUUGCUUCAUACAAUAAAAAUGUUGUUGCAGUCAACGAACCUGAUGGACUUGUUUUGGUAUGGAAUAUUCAUACAAAAGAUAAGCCAGAAUAUGUAUUUUAUUCUCAGUCUGAUGUUCUUACAACUAGAUUUUCUGAUUUUGAUCCAAGUAUUGUAAUUGGUGGGACUUAUUCUGGCCAAAUUUUGAUUUGGGACAUGAGAGCAAAAACCUUGCCAGUUCUCAAAACACCACUCGGCACUUCAGGUCAUACUCACCCUGUCUACACUAUGCAAAUGAUUGGCACCCAAAAUGCUCAUAAUUUAAUAUCUGCAAGUACUGAUGGUCUAGUAUGUUUCUGGCAAUUGGAUAUGUUGGCUCAACCUCAGGAAACAUUGGAAUUAGUAAAUUCAGAACAUAGUAAAACAGAUGAAGUGUCAGUAACUUCAUUUGGUUUCCCAACAAAUGAAACUGCUGCAUUUUGGGUUGGUACUGAAGAAGGAAAUAUUUAUCAAGCCAACAGAUAUGGUCAUGCUGGUGGCAAGGCUGGUAUUAAUCAAUAUGAUUUUUAUAGAGGUCACUGGGGUCCAAUUACUGGUCUAGAUUUUCAUCCAAUCAAUGGUUCAAUUGGAUUCAAUGACUUGUUUUUAACUUCUUCAGUGGAUUGGACUGUCAAGUUAUGGAAAGCAAAAUCCAUUACCAAACCUUCAAUGGAAGUUCAGAACAUUUUUCCUAUUUUCUCAUUUGAAGGUGCAGAUGAUUAUGUUUAUGAUGUUAAAUGGUCACCUAUACAUCCAGCUCUUUUUGGUACUGUUGAUGGCAAAGGAAACUUUUCAAUUUGGAAUAUAAAUGCUGACACUGAGGUAACAAUUCAUAUGUUUUAUUGGAGAAAGACUGAAAGUAAUGAGAAAUGGAGAAAAGCUGCCAUAGGAUCUUCUGAUGGUCAUGUUCAUAUAUAUGAUGUUGGAGAGUUGAGUGCACCAAGAGAAGAUGAGUGGCAAAUCAUGGACAAUAAUAUUAAUCAAAUGGUGUCUAUUUCUAACACUGGUUUUAAGGGUUCAAAAUCAUAUUUAAUUAAACGUAGGAAUAUAGAUGAUAAUAAGACUUCACUUGACAAAAAAAGAACAAAAAACGGUUUAUCUUUUCUUGAAAAACAUGGAAUUUAUGAAAAGCAAUAA